GCCGCCGCGGCGGGAGCAGAAUGGCGUGCGCCGCUGCGGCGCGGGGCGCUGGGAGCCCCUUCUCCUCGGACAGGCACGCCCGCCUCCUCCUGGCCCAGAUCAACCGGCUGCGGGGCGGGCAGAGCUUCUGCGACGUGCGGCUGGAGGUGGGCCCCGAGGCGUUCGCCGUGCACCGCCUGGUGCUGGCGGCCAGCAGCCCCUACUUCGCGGCGCUCUUCGCGGGGGGCAUGAAGGAGGCCGGCCGCGACGUGGUGCGGAUCGCGGGCGUCGAGGCGGGCAUCUUCCACACGCUCCUCGACUUCAUCUACACAGGAGUGGUGAGCAUCGGGGAGCACAACGUUCAGGAGCUGAUAGUCGCCGCAGACAUGCUGCAGCUCACCGAGGUCGUGGAGCUCUGCUGCGAGUUCCUGAAGGGACAGAUCGACCCCUCGAACUGCAUCGGCCUCUUCCAGUUCUCCGAGCAAAUUGCCUGCCAUGACCUUUUGGAGUUCACUGAGAGCUACAUCCACGCUCACUUCCUGGAAGUACAGAACGGGGAGGAAUUCCUGGCACUAACAAAAGAGCAGCUGAUUAAGAUCCUGCGGAGUGAGGAUCUGAGCAUAGAGGAUGAGUACCAGGUUUUUAUAGCUGCAAUGCAAUGGAUUCUGAAGGAUCUGGGAAAAAGAAAGAAACAUGUAGUAGAAGUACUGGAGCCUGUUCGAUUCCCUCUGUUACCAGCACAGAGACUCUUAAAAUAUAUAGAAGGUGUUCCAGAUUUCAGCCUUCGGGUGGCCCUGCAAACUCUGUUGAAAGAAUACUGUGAAGUCUGUAAAUCUCCCAAAGAGAACAAGGUCAGCAGUUUUCUGCAAGCUUCUAAAGCUCGUCCCCGGAGGAAAGCCAGGAAGUACCUUUAUGCAGUAGGCGGAUAUACCCGACUGCAAGGAGGACGCUGGAGUGACAGCAGAGCCCUCAGCUGUGUAGAGCGGUUUGACACCUUCAGCCACUAUUGGACCACGGUGUCUUCUCUCCACCAGGCCCGGAGCGGGCUGGGUGUGGCAGUUGUGGGAGGAAUGGUGUAUGCUAUUGGAGGUGAAAAGGACUCAAUGAUUUUUGACUGUACUGAAUGUUACGAUCCAGUUACAAAGCAGUGGACUGCUGUGGCUUCCAUGAACCAUCCCCGUUGUGGACUGGGAGUGUGCACUUGUUACGGAGCUAUCUAUGCUUUGGGAGGCUGGGUUGGUGCGGAGAUUGGCAACACAAUUGAAAGAUUUGAUCCUGAAGAGAAUAGUUGGGAUGUGGUGGGAAGCAUGGCUGUGCCUCGGUACUGCUUUGGGUGUUGUGAAAUGCAAGGUUUGAUUUAUGUUGUUGGAGGUAUCAGCAAUGAAGGAGUAGAAUUACGUUCUGUUGAAGUCUAUGAUCCAAUAUCUAAACGGUGGUCUGAGCUUCCUCCAAUGGGAACCCGAAGAGCAUAUCUUGGCGUAGCAGCUCUCAACGAUUGUAUUUAUGCUGUGGGAGGCUGGAAUGAAUCGCAAGAUGCACUUGCCACUGUAGAAAGAUACUCCUUUGAAGAGGAAAAGUGGGUUGAAGUUGCAUCAAUGAAGAUACCAAGAGCUGGUGUCUGUGUUGUGGCUGUGAAUGGAUUUCUUUAUGCCUCGGGAGGCCGUGCUCCCAGUCAUGAUUUUGCUGCUCCAGUAACCUCUGACUCUGUAGAAGUGUAUAACCCUCAUAUGGACAGUUGGACUGAAAUUGCCAACAUGAUCACCAGCCGCUGUGAAGGAGGUGUAGCUGUGCUGUAAAAAAGAAGGAAACUCCCUAAGGAAAGAGUGAGCUUCUACCUCCUUGGAUUUCCGGUUUCAUUGGCCAGAAACCUCCUCCAUCAGCAGGAGCUUCAGCAGAGGCCAUGGAGGAGUAGAUUAGAAGGCUCCUCCUAAGCAAAAGGAAAUCUUAAAACUCUUGGCCCCGAAAGUAAAUUGGCUUGUGCAAAGUCUGUUUCAGUAAGUGCUCUGCAAAGAGUAGGAUUACCUCUUAUGACUGGAUUAAACUCACUGAAACAAAUGGCAAGUUAGCUGUGAAGAUACCUGAUCUGAAGAAAUCAUUCCAGCACAUAGAAAUUUAGAUAAGAGCUGACUAGCUCCUUGGUUAGCAUUAGUUGUCUUUUUCUCAUAGAAAACAAUGUAGAAAGAGUGAAAGGUGGAGAAGGCUUGGUACUGGCCCUAAUGUAUUUGAGCCUCUCCUGUGUUGCUGGGCAAAGGCACUAAAUAUGAAUUGGAUAACUGCUUUCCUGCUGCCCCACUAAACUUUAAUGAUAAGUGGCUGAGAAUGUCAUGUUCUGAAAGGUUAUUCUCACAGUUGUCAUAUUGUCAUUCCAUUUCAGCACAGGCUUUUCAUUUAUCAAUGAUGACAGUAGUGCUCCUGUUCAUUAAGCUCUUACCAAUUUUAAAUGGAAAUCCAUUAGUUAUCCAUUAGCUGGUUUUUGUUUAGGACUGUUCUCAAUGCAAAAAUUUAGGAAAAGCCUCUUGCCUGUAUUCCUCCCUUACCUGAAUAUGUUUUUACCCUGUGUGACACAGACUGAAACUGGGCAUUGGAACAGAAGCUGUUCUAUAAGGUACAUGUGUUCAUUUGCUACAUCUUAUAUCCUGCCUUUUUCAGGUUUAAGUGGAUGUAGCUUUUUGUGGUAAAAUAAGUUGUAUUCUGCAUUAAUAAUGCUGUUAGUGUGUUUUGUCUGAAGGAUUUUGUGUUUAGUUUUGAUGCUUUGUAGAACAAUAUUUCUAGCAAUUUAUAACUAUUCCUAGAUUCAUCUAAUUAACAUUGUCCUGGAGGCUGCCUUUUGCACAAUAGGAUUGCAUUGUCUGCAGAGCUGUGGAUGAGAGGUGAAGGAUUCGAAUAGAGUCUGAAAUAAGGCUUCCUGAACUUUGACAGACAGUGGUAUUCUAGAACACAAAACCACAACUGGAAUGUCACAAAACAGGAAGCCUGCACUAUGUAGACAAAGGAGCAUUCACACCAUUUAGGUAAACAUCCCCUACGUAAUAUUAACAAAUUCAUGAAUAAAAGCCUCCAAGGUUAGUGGUACCUUAAGAAUCUAGGUUUUGCAUUCCAGCAUAGGGUUGGGAGACUGCUGUGCUAAAACAUACUGUAUGAUGGAGUGUUCAUUUCUCUGAUCUCUCUAAUCUUGUAUGUGCUUUUACUUCAAGAUGAACUACUUAUGCCUGUUUCCCCCAUUCCAUCCUCUUCCCUCUGCCCAUACUCCCCCCCCAACAAAAGUUGAAGCUAGUUAUUUAAACAGCUUUUCAUAAUGAAAUGUAUAUUCUUACUAAUGGUGAAAUGCUGUUGUAGGGUGCUUUCCUAUUGUAGUAAGCUCUAUCACUGCCGCUCUUAAAUCUAAUAGCUCUUGUUUUACUGGGAAUUCAGUUUCCCAGUAGGACACUGGGAAAGAUUGUUUAUAAAUGUAAAUGUUUACUAUUUUUAAACUGGAAGUUACACACUUCCACAGUGAAAUACUUAUGUAUUGCUUUUUUCACUAUAAAAAUGCUCAGGCUUCUUGAAAGUGUGGCUGCCUUGCUGACUGUGGUUGUAGCCCUCUCUGGGCCCAAAGGACAGGUAAUGUUUCUUAAGCUUUCUUCUUCACACUUCAUGACCCACCCCUCUUGAACUCUGAGAAACAUUACUUUAACUACAUUGUAUUUGUUUGGGAGUUACUAGUUCACUUCCAAUCUCAUCCCAUAAACUUCUUGUUUUAGAGCAGCUGGAGGGAAUCAGUAGUUGUAUGAAGCUACCUUCUCUAGUUCUUGUGAUUAUAGUAGUCAGCUGAUUUUUACUGAAACAUGACAGUGGUCUUUGAUACUCAACACCUCUUCCUUUUUCUCCAGGGCCAAAGGAAAUGCUCUUCUCUGGGCCCAAUCAAACUAUUGCCAUGGCUGAGUAAGGAAGAAUAAAAACUGUUUUAAUUCUCAAACUCAGUUUUGCUUUCUUUGUAUUUAGAGAGUAUAGAAUUACAUCACCGAGAGAUAGGAUGCUGUCAGUUUGAAAGUGUGAGGCUUAUGUAUGUGUUUCCUCACAUAAGAGGAAGAUGGCUUCAUCUUUAAGACAGCAUUUUUUUUUAACUCCUGUUCUUUGCAGAAUGAACAGAUACCAAGUUUAAGCUACAGUAGGUACUUUGUUCUUUAAUGAACACAUAUACAGAAAAUAGUACUUUGAAAGAACUGUGAGGAUUCCCUAAAUUGGUGCUGAGUGUGUGUCUGGUAGCAAUGUUUUAGCUUUCUUCUUGCAUCUCACAGUGUCCUUAAACAAAAGAUGAAAAUCCUACACUGAACAUCUACACAUGCAACUACUUAGGUUUCUUAAGGCAGAUGAGGAAAAAAGCACGUGACUUGCUCUUCCUUUCACAGUAUGUAGGGGAAGAAGCCACAACAUAAAUGUGAAGACAUUACGCUUCUUCCAGUGCAGCUGGCCCCCUAAUGGCAGAUUUGCUGGACACAAAGUCUGUUUCUGUCUGUCCCAGGUGCUCAAAUUCAACUACUGUGUUAAGGAGGGAGAACGCACAAACUCCUUUCAGGUCCCAUUAUCUGGUCCUUUAGUGCCAGAGACUGAAUCCUUGUGUCAUAUCAUACCAAGCAUCAUUUGAUAGUACUUUCAUUUAGGAAUGUGAUGGUUCUUUAGGGCUCUGCUGCUUGCAGCUUCCUUGGCUAGGUAACCCUAAGUCUAAACAAAAGCUGGAAACAGCUGGAUCAGUUGUUGUUUUUAUUUAAACAAGUCUAUGCAAUCUUUUUGUCUUUGGUGGUACCUUACAGAAGAUGCAAAUUUGUAAGUUUUCUCUUCUAGCUUUCUACACUUCAUCACAAUUACUGGAGGAACUACCUAAGGUAAAUGCUGACCUUUGCUUGUCACUUCAAACAACCCUUGCCUUGCUGCUGGAAACAAGCCUUGACUGUCCUUUGUUACCUCACUAGUGCUUCCUUGCAUAGUACUUUCACCAUCUUCUCAGCUGAAGUGAGGCUAAGUUUGGGCGUGGGUUGUGUGUGUGUGUUGUUUUUUGUUGGUUUCGUUUUGUUUUUUUGCAUUUAUAAAAUAGCAACUGAAUCUGUAUGUACUUCUCUUCCAUUUUCCUAAAUAAUAAACUACACUGGAGUCACACGUCUUCUCCUGCAGCAAGAGUUGCUUCACCUUGCUUUCAGCUUCCUUAAGAACUUUUUCUAAAGGCUACCUGAUAGCUACAUGAUUGUUUUACUCAAUACAGAACAUUAUCACAUACUAUAGUUAAGCCAAAUACUUCAAUAAUUCAAUAAAGCAAUUCAUACUUUUGACAGAUGAAUCUCCAUUUUAAAUUCAUAUGGCAGCGACAUCUUAUCUUGUUGAAGAGUGAUACUUUAUUCUACAGGUAAGGCCAGAUUCAUGGCUACCUUGAAAGUGAUCAGUAUUUACAAUCCUUUCCUGCUAAACUUGCUAAGCAGCUCUUUGCUUCUGGUACAAACAUCUUGAACAUUGCUAUCUUCUGACUUCUAAGCACAAACACUUUUUAAAAUUAUUUUUCCCUGUAACCUAAUACAAAGGGCUUAACAAAUAAAUACUUUUUU